GCGCCCCGCGCUUGGCGCCCACCGGCGGAUCCCCCCCCCAACUCCCGCCUCAAAUCUCGCGAGAACUCGCGCGGCGCGGCCGGGCUGAGGCGGGAGCGCCGCUCCGCCGCCAUUGCUGCUUCCCUCCGGCCUCCGCCGCUUCUAACGGCACCGGAACCGCCACCGGAACCGGCUCCGGCACCGGGCCCGGCCCGCGGCGCCGCGGCCCCGCCAUGGAGGCGAACGCGGCCAAGCGGAAGGAGCCGCGCAAGGCGCUGCGGGUUAAAGUCAUCUCCAUGGGCAACGCCGAGGUGGGCAAGAGCUGCAUCAUCAAGCGGUACUGCGAGAAGAGGUUCGUGCCCAAGUACCUGGCCACCAUCGGCAUCGACUACGGCGUCACCAAGGUGCAGAUCCGGGACCGGGAGAUCAAGGUGAACAUCUUCGACAUGGCCGGGCACCCCUUCUUCUACGAGGUGCGGAACGAGUUCUACAAGGACACGCAGGGGGUGCUGCUGGUGUACGACGUGGGCUCCAAGGAAUCCUUCGAGGCGCUCGACUCGUGGCUGGCCGAGAUGCGCCGCGAGCUGGGGCCCCACACCAGCCUGGACAGCGUCGUCUUCGCCGUCUGCGCCAACAAGGUGGACGCGGGGAAGCUGCGGGUGGUGGACGAGAGCGAGGGCCGGCUCUGGGCCGAGAGCCGCGGAUUCCUCUACUGGGAGACGUCGGCGCAGAGCGGGGAGGGCAUCCAGGAGAUGUUCCAGAACUUCUAUUCUGCCAUCGUGGAGCUGUGUGAGAACGGGGGCAAGCGGCCGGCGGGCGCCUCGGGGCUCAGCUUCACCCGCGAGCAGGCCGACGCCAUCCGGAGGAUCCGCGGCAGCAAAGACAGCUGGGACCUGCUGGGGCUCAAACCCGGCGCCUCCAGGGAGGAGGUGACGCGGGCCUACCGCCGCCUGGCCGUGCUGCUGCACCCCGACAAGUGCGUGGCCCCCGGCUCCGAGGACGCCUUCAAGGCCGUGGUCAACGCCCGAACCGCGCUGCUCAAAAACAUCAAAUGAGCCCCAAAAAUCCCCAAAUUUACGCCCAAAAAUUCCCAAAUUUCCGUCUCCGGGAUCGGAUCCGCUUCGGGGAGGAGAGGGGAUGCGGAAUUGCCCGGGAUUUGGGGGGUUUAUUCCCGGUUUUUUCAGUGUUAUUCCCGCUUUUCUGUGAGUUAUUCCUAGUUUUUCUGAGUGUUAUUCCCAUUUUUUUGAGAUUUAUUCCCAUUUUUCUAUCAGUUAUUCCCAAUUUUCUGACUGGUAUUGCCAUUUUCCUCAGAGUUAUUCCCAUUUUUCUAUGAGUUAUUCCCAAUUUUCUGUUAAUUAUUCCCAUUUUUCCCAGGAUUAUUCCCAUUUUUCUAUGAGUUAUUCCCAAUUUUCUGUCAGUUAUUCCCAGUUUUUCUGAGUGUUAUUCCCAUUUUUUUCGAUAUUUCAUCCCAGUUUUUUAUGAGUUAUUCCCAAUUUUCUGGUAAUUAUUCCCACUUUUCUGAG